GUAUAGAUUUAACCGACGAGAAACAGGAUAGACUGAACACACAGCUUAAGAUAUGUAGAUACGUAUCUUAAAUUUGUGACUUAAGUUUAUGAUUUUUAACAGUGUCGGUACUUCAGAACAUUAGGCAGAAAAUUACAAUGUGUGCAAUGUCUGUGCAGAUCGUAAGUCUAUGGUGUACAUAAAAACAAGUGUCCAAGGGGACUAGGUUUUACGUAAACGAAUACGUAAACAGAAACAUCGAAUGUUUCCGCAGAAAAAUUGUGUAGGGAGAAAGAAGUUUAUAUUUGAUUACAUUACAUGCAAAAUAUGGUAUACUUACACUUUCCGUCAAAUUUAACGGAGGAGGAGUUAAUGUUACAAGCAAAGUACAAUAAACUUAAAAGAAAGAAAAAAGCAUUGCAAGAUUUGAAAGCACCAAAACAAGAAAUUGAACGUGUACCACAAGCCCCAAAACGACCAACGGAAGCAAGAGAUGCCAGGGAAGUUGCUAAAAAGUUAAUAAAGUCUGGAGUAAUCACAGCUCCAAAGACUCCUAAAAGACCAGAGCAAUCAUUUAAAAGACCACGUGGUUUAGUCAGAAAAUUAAAUAGUACAGAAAAGACAGUUAGUUCCUAUCAACCAUUCUCAGCAACUCAAAUGGAAGAAGAGGAAACAGAAGCUGUACGACCAAGAGUUAAAGAUUUGUAUGAUAGUUUUGUGAGUGCACAGGAUACAGAGGAUCGUACAAGUGGUGAUGCACAAUCACCAUUGAAACAAGAAACAAAACCACGCGCUGGGAACACAAUAUUUGUUUGCGGCUAUAAAAUAUCAGAGGAUUUUUUGAAGAAACAUUUUCAAACAUUUGGAAAUAUAAUCAAUAUUUCAAUGGAAGCAGAGAAAAAUAGAGGAUUUGUUACAUUUGAAAAAUCAGAAGCAGCAGAGAGGGCAAUUAGUGAAAUGGAUGGUAGUAUGGUAUCCUCUAUUCAGUUAAAAGUAUCUUUAGCACGAAGACAACCUAUAAUAGAACCUAUGAAUGAUGUUACAUCCAGCUCAAUGUGGUCACCUAUCGCAGCCAAUUACUCGCAAAAGAGUGCGCACAAAGAUAGGAGAGACUUAAAAGUGUAUGAGGAAGAUCUUUUUAUGUGAAUAUAAUAUUUUUUUAUUCUUGUACUCUCUUUUCGAAAGAUACUGUUGUGCAAUUGCAAUAUUGAAAAUUUCUUUCAAAGUGAAUUGUAAUCUGUAAUAUUUAUAAGAUUUCAAAAAAAUAUGAUUUUCUGUU